AUGCGAAAAUUGCUUCUCAUCGCAUUUUUUCUCCUAAGCCUGACCCUGCCCACAGAUAGUUUCAAAGUGAGUUUUGGAUAUUUUUAAAAGUCCAAAGGUCGGAAAUUAAUUACCAUCCCCUAGAUGAUGAAAGAAUCGGACAAAGUUUGAUUUUGAACCGAAUGGGAAUUUUUUUAAUCGUUUUUCAUCAUUUUUCUAUGACAUCGUAUACGAUAAGCCCUAACUAGGGAACGUUUUUACCCCCCUUUGUUCUGUAAUCAGGAGGUCCUAAAGUACCUUUCAGCGAAGUUUCAUCAAAAAUUCAACCGGAAGGGAGGGGGGGAUAAAAAAAAGUUCCCUAGUAUGUGGCCUAAAAAUGAUAAAUUGAUUAAACUCAAUCGAUUGAGUUGGAAAAUCCCACGACAGACGCAGCCUUGGAAACCGCGGUCAAGAUUCUCAAGGAUAUUAUCAAAAACAGGGACCCAGACUUAUCGAGCCAAGUUUUCAACGAGAGAACUGUGAUCAACUUCCGAGGCAACAUCUACAAAGGAGGUGCGAAAAAAUUUCGAUCUCUCCGUUUCCCGCAGUCUCUCGCUCCGACCAGAGGGGGCAGUGGAGAAGUAGCUCAAAAAAAUGAAGAGUAACAAGCGGGAAAAAGGUUUCGAAAUAUUCUAUGACGCCCACUUUUUUUCGUUUUUCAAAUACUGUACUGGAUUCCCCCCAAAAAAAUGGACCAAUUAUUCUGAUUUAUCACGGCUUUAUUCAAUGUCGCCACCAUAGUGAUUGAUAGAAACUGAUUUUCAGACGAUGUCUACAAAUGGUACAACAAAAUCGCUUUAGAAAUGAGGGUCUUCAAUCUUAAGGUGGUCGAUUUCUGAUAGACUUAUUGAAAUUUGAAAUUUUUUUUCCAGUUUCAAUUCAUGAACAAGGCUCAAUUGGGUAUUCCGGAACAGCUUUCGGAAGCCCGUGCGUAUGGCGUCAUCGAGCUGCACAGCCUUCUGCUAGCCUACAAUUUUACUGUUGUUCUGGUGAGAUUUUCAUGAUGAAAAAGGCGCGGCAAACUUCUCUAAUGCUGGACAGUAGCUUCCUUGGGCUAAUACGGCAUGCUUAUGCAAAACAGGUGCUACUGCCGAUCACACGGUGUUUUUUAAUUAAGAAAAGUUUAGGGGGCCUCUAUAGGGAUUCGGCCAUUUCGGGGCCCCGAGAGGGGUAAAAUAGAGGCCCCCAAAGGGGGAAAAUUUGGAGCUUAUCUCGAACCUCCUGAACGAUUCGGGGCCCCUAGAAGGUGCAAAUUUUUUUUUUUCAUUUUUUCAAGGGACGUUACUUGAAAGGGUAAGGGACAAAUAUCAGGAAAUGAAUUCCAGUGAAAAUUUGAUCCUACCCCUAUAGGGGCUCCAUUUAUUCAACCCAUAUAGGGGCCCUGAACCAGAUUUUUGGGGAUAGGUAUUGAGUUAAGGACCUACAAGGGACCACAUUUGUCUCUCUAUCGGGGCCUCCUUAACUUUUCUUAGAACGUUUCGGAUGAUUCCCUGGACCUAAAAGCUCGGCGCGCGAACUGGGCGUAGGCGUAGACCCGCUGGACUCGAAAGGGGUCUAUGUGCGGCUAAAAACUUCGUUUCGGGUGCUCGGCGGUAGCAUCCGGGGGUGCUGCUGACCUACACGAGAGUUGAGCCGCUAAGGGGUGUGGCCUGUCUGCACUCUCCGCCGACCAAGCAAUGUCUCUUUUCUUAUCAUGCCAGGACCCUUUUUUUGAUGGCUCAGGCCAGAAUUUAAUGAAAAAUGUCCAAAAAAGACUGGACGUGUCUGUACGGUGAAAUUCACGUUUUUGAGCUAUUUAGUAAUCACUUCAGUGGCUUUAAAGCUUUUUUCAAAAUUCGCAGAACGGGGUCAACAAUUUUUGUACUUGAAAAAUUGUUUGUGACGGUUAAAAGUUACUUCUGAUACUUCUCCCUAACAUGAAAAAUUUUCAGGACGAGUUCUACAAUCUUUGGAUCGAGAAGUUUGAUAUGCUCGACUUUGAUUGAUAGAGAGUCUUCUCCCCCCUUUGAAUAAAACUUCGCGAGAAAUUUCGUGAACACUAGAAGAAAAGAAAGCAACUGAUCAAUUUCGAGGCCUAAUUUUAAAAAAAUUGUAGUCCGUUCAGCGCCACGUGACAAGACACUAAGAACGUCUAAAUCUCUUAUUUAAGCGUACUAUUUCGUUAACCGUCUCUCAAGGUACCACUGGACUAUUCAAUGGAACUUCUUAAAAGUCGUCGGUGGCCAUUGAACCUCUCAUCUUGGCAUACUAUUUCGCUUAUUCUGUUUCAAAACAGUCUAGAAUGGACUUUUCUUAAAGUUUUGUUGGAACCUUAGAACAUGAAAAGCCUGAAACUCUCACCAAGUUUUUUUGAUUACGUUUCAAGCCAAGAAUUUGUGAAAUUUUAAAUAUAGUCUGGUCCAAUUUUGAAGGUCAAUGACGUCAUCCGAAAACGAUCUGUGGAUGACUCGCUCUCUGAUUGGUUUGCUCAAAAGGAGGAGUUCCUACUGGGAAAGUUUUUAAUGAUCAUUUUGGGGUGUGGACGUUUUAGUGGCUACUAUAGUAGUUAAAUUAGUGGCCACUUGAGGGGCUAAAAAUUAGUGGCCACUUAAGGGGCGCGUUUCUCGCGACGCGUUGGCAAGAGUGAAAGGGUGAUGAGAGUGACGCGUGAGAAGAGACGCAGAGAAACACUGGACGUUGCCAAUAUCGCAUUCUUUCAUCAACUUUGUGAAUAGAAAACGGACUUCCUUUUCUUCUGUAGUUGAAAUGAAAUGAAAUGAAAUGUUUAUUUCGCUCAGAGGUGGAAGAAUUGAGGGGCCCUCCUGGGCGCAACAUGCCCGCCUUAGCCAUCAGGCCCCUGAAAUGAAAUGAGCCGCGUCAUUGCGUGUCGAUGGCGUGUAUUACCACGUUGCAAAAGUUGGGCGAAAAUUGUCAUUUAUAUUAAUUUUUAAUUUAAUCUCAUUAUUUAUUGUAUAGUUGUUGUCAAUGUGUGUCUGCGUAGUAAACCUUGGAAGACAUAACAUUACUUGGGAUAUGAAGAGUUGUGCUUAAAUUCAUUAUUAAAAAGUCUUGUUUUUAAUGUUUGAAAAAAUUCAAUAACUAUGGAUUUUUCAGAUUGCCCUCAACCGCCCUAAAGCCUUAAACUCCUAUUUCGAUGGCAUCAGUAUGUUUUGUUGAUAUUCUAUCUUACUAGUUAAUAACCUGAUUUUCAGUUCAUCAUUGUCAAAGGAAACGGCCGAACUAUUAGGGUCACAGCACGAGCUGAUGGUACUGUCUCCGAAGACACGCUUCGCGGAGCUUUUCAACUUGAAAACGAUGUGCCACUUGGGCUUUUUAAGCAUGAAGUAGCAUUAGAGUAGGUUCUUAAAGGUUUAAUUAAAAUACGACAAUUUUUGUUUUGUUGGCAAUUACAAAUAAAAUUCUGGGAGAAUUCUUAAUGUAAACUUUCAGACGUCGGCGUAAAACCGAUGAGUUCGUUUUUGAACUGCAACCCGACUGGGUCGGCAACGAAUUCGAUAUGGUUUGGAAAGAAUCAGAGAGAUCCCGCGCAGCGACAAUAAUUGGUAUUUUCUAAAUAUUUUAACGCCUUUCAUGAAUUUUUUUUUUACAUUUUUCAUAAUUUAUCAAUUCUAGGCCCUACAAAGCUGAAGAGACAGAGAAUCGAUAUGGAAUAUGAAGAACGGCCUGUUGACGGAGAUCUAGCAGCUUCAGUCGCGCCCUAUACUUUAUUCUAUUUGAAGAAGGACAACUUUAAAAGAUGUGCAAUACCGCUUACUACAAGACUCGCAGCAACUUACCGACAUGGCGAGAACAAAUCGUUGAAUAAAGGUGAUCAGAUUAUGUAUUGUAUAUAAUGUAGUAUGUGCAUAUAGGUGAUCUGAUUGUUAUCCGUUCUUGGUUCGAUUCGAAAUUGGAAGUAUCGACACGUGUCGUCAAAAUCAUCGAAGAACUCGACACGAUCAUCUUACAAUCAGAAGGAGGCGACCUGUGCAUUAAAGAUCUCAUUUCUGAUGCAGUAUCACCAAGAAAGGGAAUGCACUACCUUAUGGUAAUUUUUUUAUCUAAUAAAAAUAUUUUCUUUAGAAAUUUUUUUCAAAAUUUUUUUCAGGUGGGAUUUUUCCGUUUUUUUCAUAACCAGACGAAUCAUCAGUCGCUGUCUACUGGAAUUAUCGCGAGUGGUAGGACACGGCGGUUGCGCUACAUGGGAUCAAGCGGCUCUUUUUAAAGGUACCUUGACGAAACAACUCGGAUUUGUUUUCCCUCAUAUUUUUUUCUAUUUUAUCAAAAUUUUUUUCAAACGUGUAAAAAAAUUACAAUUAAAAACUAUUGUUGAAGGGGACAGCGGAGGCAGCUGUUGGAGCGAAAGCGGUAGUUUAAUAGGAAUGCAAGUAGAGGUAGAUAAAGUACAGCACACGAAGGAUGAAAAACCAGCAUCUCCUGAAUCCGGAGGUGGCUGUUGUCUUGUCGCGAUCCGUGAUAUUUUGGCACACAUUCAGGUACUAUUAACUCAUAAUUUCAUGCAAACAAUGUUUGAAUUUUAGGAUUUAUUGCCACCGGACUCAGAGGUGGACUGGAGUGAAUGA